AUGCAAUUACCAUUUUCACUCUCCAGUACCAGCAAUUGUAUUGCUAUGUACGAUGAGAUAUAUUCUCAAUCUUGGCAGGAUACAAUAACGCAAUGCGAAAGGACACUGGAGCGACCUGACCUUGAACGCGCUUUGCGGGUCAAGUCCCGACAAGAUUUCCGGGAAGAGCUAGGAAAACUCCUAAUCAACUACCCAGAUGAGCCGUCAAAGAAGGCAAUCCUUCUCAUCCAUCCCCAUCUGGAUCAUUACGAGGUUUUCGCUCGGAAUUUCGUGGAUAUGAUGGAAAAUCCUGUGGAUACUUCCAUGAUGUGGGGAUUGUUGUCUCUGGUUUUCAAUCUUGCUCUUGGGAGUUCAGGUCCCAUUAGCCCUUUGAGGCAGAUCACGACAUGGCUAGAGAGGAUUGGCCUCGAGUUGAAGCACUCUAAUGAAUGUAGGAACAAAAUUACGGAUCUCGAAGGCGUCAAGUCUGAUGUAGUAGAGGUAAACAAGGAAGUUGUUAUCCUCUGGCUGAAUAUCAUAAUGAUGUUCCGCAAUGAAGGCGUCGGACAUGAAAGCUGGCUAGGUAGGAGCUCAUGGAAUACUCUAACAACCAAAUUCAAUGCAGCCUUGAAAAAUAUUGCGGAAGCUGUACAUCGCAUGGAGAAGGUGGUUGAGAUGGCAGAAAAACAUGCCCAGAAUAUGAACCAGUGGUCAAUCUUGCAAAGCCACCUUUCACUAAGUCACCUCCAACUAGAAACUGUAACUAGUCCCUGCCAUACACUUCCCGUGGCCGAGAACCGUCAGUUUUUUGGCCGUCAAGAGAUUCUACGACAGUUAGAAGAUCAUCUCAAACCAGCAGAUACAAAUGCUCGUCUUUCAUCCAUAGCUCUAUAUGGCCUUGGUGGCGUCGGAAAGACUCAAGUUGCUCUAGCAUACGCAUAUCAGAAGAUCGAUCAUCUUGAUGCUAUAUUUUGGAUAUCCGCCGAGAGUCCCUAUUCUAUUCAACAAAGUUUCAGUCGCGCAGCUCUCGAUGCUCUGAGGCUUCCGAAAGCGAAACCCCAGGCAUAUCAAGAGAAUAUGGUCUUGGUACUGAACUGGCUACAAAAGACACCUGCUAAAUGGUUAGUAAUAUUCGAUAAUGUCGAUAACCAUGCUGUACUUGAAGACUGCUGGCCGAUUUCACAGCACGGCGCCAUUCUCGUAACCAGCAGAGAUAUUGUUGUUGCCACGCUCCCUAUUGACACUGGUCUAGAAGUAGAUGAAUUUGAGAUUGACGAGGGAGCAAAGUUCCUACUUCAUAUGACACCCAAGAGGCGACCCAUUGACAACACCAUCGAAAAAGCGGCAGCACAUGCUGUAUCCAAUGAAUUGGGCGGUCUACCGCUCGCUCUGAAUCAAAUGGCCGCCUUAAUUAAUACAAGGAAUUACACGAUUGGCGAGUUCCAUGCUAUGUAUAUUAAGCAUAAACAAAACUUGCACAAACAGAAGAAAAGUGGCUGGAAAUACUUAGGAUACCAACAUGCCCUUGACACAGUAUGGGAGAUAUCAUUUACCAACCUCGGAGAACACGCCCGUGCUUGCCUUGGCGUCCUCAGCUUUUUCUCUGCCGAUUCGGUCCCUCUUGGCGAUGCCAUAGAAGAGCUAACUCACCAUGCCCUUGUGAGAAAGAACAUUGAGCACGGUAGCUUUCGAAUCCAUCGAUUAGUGCAAGCGGAAUAUCGAGCCAGAAUGGAGAAUCCACAAGAAGAGUUUGAAGCUGCUAUUAAGCUACUGCUUGACAAGCUUCCAUCGCAGGACUCGAGCAAAUUCGACGAUAAAGAAUGGCUCUUGUACAAACGAUACAUUCCUCAGGUCCUUGCUCUUCUCAAGAACUACGACGAUUCGCAAACCGACCCGAAUCCCCUCAAGCCCACGAUGGAUUUCGUGAGGCUUCUUACAAACUCCUCUUAUGCGCUCCAUGAUAAUGAUACCAUGGAUGUAAUCCCUAAACUUCUUGAAACCGCAGAUUCUGCUUAUCAUAAAUGCAGAGGAGAGGAACAAGACAGACUGCUCUGGGCUUUGUUACAGUACUUAAAAUGUAUACACCACUUCUGUACUUCGGAAUUCGCCAGGUCAGAAAGGGAAAUGACGGAAUGUCUUAAAAUCCGUCUAGAACUGCUUCAUCAUGAUGACACACUUAUAGCUCUAUCGUACAGCGGUCUCGGGAUGGCCGUAGGUGCCCAAGGACGAUACGAAGAGGGUCUAGAUUGGCUACAGAAAGCUCACAAAGUGUACGAGGGGCCAGCGGGAAAGAAUCUCCCAAAACGUAUCGUAUGGGGAUAUAACAUCUCACGGAAUUAUUACUGCAUGGGUAGAUAUGCAGAAUCCGAAAGCUGUUUGACCAAGGCCCUAGAAAUUGCGAAUGGGCUUCAGAGCUGUGGACACCUCACCUUUGCUUCACUUCGAACGAAGAUGAACGAACUUGCCGAUGCAAAGCAGCACGUUGAUGCGGCAAAGGAGAUUCUAGAAGUAUCCGGGAACUCGGCUAGUCUGAGUUGGCUCAGUUCAUACUGUGCUUAUCGAAGUGGCGAUGUAGCAAUGAAGCAACGUCGAUUCACUGCCGCCAUUCAAGAAACAGAGAAAGCAACGGUCAUUGGGAAACGCGUGAAGAUACCAACUGGUAUCCUCGCCCGAUGUGUCCACGCCUACUCAAAGGCACUGGCUACAGACCCGUCAAGAUUAGAUGAAUCAGAGACACAGCGACUGGAGGCUAGACGAUUGCGGUCGACGUUGCCAGAUGGCGGCGGUGACUUGGACGAUGAAGGCGAUGAGGCUUUCGAAAGGCUUGUAAAGAUGGAUCAUCGGUAG